CCGAAAAGAGAAAUCGGAUCGAACAAUUAAAUAGUGAAGGAAAAAACAAAGAGCGAGCGAAGAAAUCGAUGGCGGAGUCCUCUUCACCAGCAGCCCAAACCCUAGCCCUAACCUCCCAACCUUCCGUGCCCGGAAUGGAUCCCCACCAUCAAGACGACUGCCCUGAGAACGGAUUGGGUCGUGGAAACGGCGAAACGAACGGGCCUCCGGCGAAGCGGUCGCGCCCGACUCCCCCGCUCUCUCCUAUCACUGCCGCCGAGAUUGCGGAGGAGUUCUCCCACCAUGACCUCUCCGUCGCUCGCAUCAACAACGGAAGCUUCGGGAGCUGCCCGGGGUCGGUCCUUUCCGCCCAGGCCGUAUGGCAGCGGCUCUUCCUCCGGCAGCCGGAUGCGUUUUACUUCAAUCACCUCCAGCCCGGCCUCCUCCGCUCCCGCGCCAUCGUCAAGGAUCUCAUCAACGCCACCGACAUUGAUGAGGUCUCGCUGGUCGACAACGCUACCACCGCCGCGGCCAUCGUUCUCCAGCAUGUUUCCUGGGCGUUCUCCGAGGGAGUAUUCCAUAAGGGAGAUGCCGUCGUGAUGCUUCACUACGCCUACGGAGCUGUCAAGAAGUCCAUCCACGCCUAUGUUGCCCGCGCCGGAGGCCAUGUCAUUGAGGUCCCGUUGCCCUUCCCUGUCUCCUCCAAUGAAGAGAUCAUCCGAGAGUUUCGGAAGGCACUGGAUCUUGGGAAAGCCAAUGGACGGAGGGUACGGCUUGCUGUAAUCGACCACGUCACCUCCAUGCCCAGCGUUGUCAUCCCGGUCAAGGAACUCACCAAGAUCUGCCGUCAGGAGGGUGUGGACCAGGUGUUUGUGGAUGCGGCGCAUGCCAUUGGCAAUGUCGAGGUUGAUGUACAAGACAUUGACGCUGACUUCUACACCAGCAAUCUUCACAAGUGGUUUUUUUGCCCCCCUUCUGUGGCGUUCUUGCACAGUAAGAAGUGUUCUUCAUCCGCUCCUUGUUUGCAUCAUCCGGUGGUCUCUCAAGAGUAUGGCAAAGGUCUCCCGUUAGAGAGUGCAUGGAUCGGCACUCGUGAUUACAGCUCCCAGCUUGUGGUGCCUUCGGUGAUCGAUUUCGUCAAUAGGUUUGAUGGUGGAAUCCUAGGAAUUCGCACGAGGAACCAUGAUAAGGUCGUAGAGAUGGGAAUGAUGCUGGCUCAGGCAUGGGGAACGUUUCUUGGAUCACCUCCGGAGAUGUGCUGCAGCAUGAUCAUGGUGGCUUUGCCUGGCUCUUUAGGAGUCUCCAGUGAGAAAGAUGCUCUGAAACUUCGGAGCUUGUUGAGAGAGGAAUACAGAGUUGAGGUUCCAAUUCAUUAUCACCGGCCAAAGGAUAUUGAGGCUGGCCGGCAGAAUGGGCACAGUGGUGUUACUGGGUAUGUCAGGAUUUCUUAUCAGGUGUACAAUACCGUGGAUGACUACUACAGACUUAGGGACGCAGUUCACAAGCUGGUAAAUGACGGGUUUAAUUGCGGAAUGUUACCUUCGAAAUGAUAAGAGAUACAAUAUCUGAUUCUUGAGCAUCUCGUUACUUUCAUAAACGGCCUUUUUGCUGCCGCAGCUGAAGGAUCAUUUAUCUGAUCUUGUGCUACCAGGGAAGCAUGUAAUUUCAGUAUUGCUGCUUAGAAUACCUGUUGAUGAGACUAUUUGUUUUCUUGUCUUUCUAUCGGGUGUCUCUCCCUAGAGACACUAGUUGUUUUUUCUAUUUGCUGAUGGCUUAAAGUUGUAUGGCACUAAAUUGUAAAUGAUGGAAGAAAUUUCUCAUAAAUGUUGUUCUGUAGCAUCUUUAUGCUCAGACCUGAAGAUAGAUGCAUUCAAUUUCUA